UAAGUUUGGGUGUUACCUGUACGGCUAUGCGCCCGGUAUGGCAUACAUGCAUCCGGCAGGAUUACAGGUGAGAAUUAAAAAAAAAAGGGGGGGGGGAAAUCUUGAUAAAUGAAAAGCCUCAAUGUUUGAACUAGUUAAUAGCCUCAGUAUUUGAACAGGUGUAACGCCUCGAUGUCGUAACAGGUUAAAAGCCUCAGUGUUAUUACAGAAUAGAUGUUUAAUAUCGUUUUUAAAGUAAAAUUAGAAUUUCAUGUUAACAAACAUAGAUUUAGAUUUUUAAAAAAAAAAUAAAAAAAAUUAACGAAAUAACAACAACCACAUUGAACUUGCUAUUUCAGCAUUGCCUUUUAACGUGAUUUUUUAACUGUGAUAGCUGAAUUCUUGCUUUGUAAAUCUUAGUCAAAAGUGGAGCAUGUAAUUAAUUACUUUACCGUAAGUCAAAGGCCCAAAAUGUAAAGUUUCUUCCCUCCGAGUGGUUACUUCGUGGUGAGAGUACACAAGGUUAAAGUGUUCACCAAUUAUAAGAAAAAUCAUGAUAUUUUCACCACCCCACUUGUUUUGUAAUGGCGCGAUCCACCUAAAACUUUACAUGAUUUAUAAUGGACCUCCUACAAACUCGCCACAUGUUUUGUAAGUACUCGAUCACGCCACCACUCCACUUCUCUUGUAAGGGACUCACCCCUACCAAACCUCUACUUGUUUUAUAAAUUACCCUCCUACAUACUCGCCACAUGUUUUGUAAGUAGUGCCUCACCCCACUAAAACCUCUACUUGUUUUAUAAAUUACCCUCCUACAUACUCGCCACAUGUUUUGUAAGUAGUGGCUCACCCCACCUAAACCUCUACUUGUUUUAUAAAUUACCCUCCUACAAACUCGCCACAUGUCUUGUAAGUAGUGCCUCACCCCACCUAAAUCUCUACUUGUUUUAUAAAUUACCCUCCUACAUACUCGCCACAUGUUUUGUAAGUAGUGCCUCACCCCACCUAAACCUCUACUUGUUUUAUAAAUUACCCUCCUACAAAAUCGCGACAUGUUUUGUAAGUAGUGCCUCACCCCACCAAAACCUCUACUUGUUUUAUAAAUUACCCUCCUACAUACUCGCCACAUGUUUUGUAAGUAGUGCCUUACCCAACCUAAACCUCUACUUGUUUUAUAAAUUACCCUCCUACAAACUCGCCACAUGUUAUGUAAGUAGUGGCUCACCCCACCUAAACCUCUACUUGUUUUAUAAAUUACCCUCCUACAUACUCGACACAUGUUUUGUAAGUACUGCCUCACCCCACCUAAACCUCUACUUGUUUUAUAAAUUACCCUCCUACAUACUCGCCACAUGUUUUGUAAGUAGUGCCUCACCCCACCUAAACCUCUACUUGUUUUAUAAAUUACCCUCCUACAUACUCGCCACAUGUUUUGUAAGUAGUGCCUCACCCCACCUAAACCUCUACUUGUUUUAUAAAUUACCCUCCUACAUACUCGCCACAUGUUAUGUAAGUAGUGGCUCACCCCACCUAAACCUCUACUUGUUUUAUAAAUUACCCUCCUACAUACUCGCCACAUGUUUUGUAAGUAGUGGCUCACCCCAUCAAAACCUCUACUUGUUUUAUAAAUUACCCUCCUACAUACUCGCCACAUGUUUUGUAAGUAGUGCCUCACCCCACCUAAACCUCUACUUGUUUUAUAAAUUACCCUCCUACAUACUCGCCACAUGUUUUGUAAGUAGUGGCUCACCCCAUCAAAACCUCUACUUGUUUUAUAAUAGAUCCUCUCAUAAAAUCUCCGCAUUUUCGUAAUGCCCCAACCUUCCUCCACGUAUGAUCUAUAAUGACCCCCACACCCCCACAUAUUUUGUAAAAGCUCCACUAUCAAACUACUCAUAUGUUUUGUAAUGCCUUCAACCUCCCUACGUGUUUUAAUGGCUCCACCAACAACCUACCCCUUGUUUUGUAAUAGCUACCCUAUGAAACUAUCCAUAUUAUGUUUUGUAAGUGCUCAACCCCCCCCCCUCACGUUUUUAAUUGCUCCACCAACAGCCACCACCCCCAUGUUUUGUAGUGGCUCCCACUAUCCCCAACAUGUUUGAUAAUGGCCCUCUACUCACGUUUUGUAAUGACAUCACUUGUCCAUUCCAACCGCCCAUUUCCUAGCGAUAUAUAUGGUAUAUCAUUCUAUGUCAGGAUUGCAAAUUAAGUCAAGAAAAACACUCUAUGCAUGAUAGCAUUGACAAUGACUGCGAUGGCCGCACCGACGAAGAACACAAAAAUGGCAAAGGUGAGCUUUUUAAAUGUGAUAUUUAUAUUACUAAUAAUUUUAAUUGAAUUAAUGAUAUUUUAACAUGUUUCUUUCAAAAAAUUGUAUUCUUUUCUAGAUUCGAAUUACCGUAUUUAUUGGCGUAUAGAACGCUCUUUUUCUCCCUGAAAAUAGGGGGACAAAUGAUGUGUGCGUGUUACACGCCGAUAUAAUAAUAAGGACCCAUCGUACAUACCGCUUAGCGGCGCGAAUGGUGCGUAUCAUAAGCCGAUAUAAUGCUAAGGACCCAUAGUACAUACCGCUUAGCGGCGCCAAUGGUGCGUAUUAUAAGCCGAUAUAAUGCUAAGGACCCAUAGUACAUACCGCUUAGCGGCGCCAAUGGUGCGUAUUAUACGCCCGUGCGUGUUAUACGCCAAUAAAUACGGUAUGUGAAAAUGGGAAGUAGUCAUCCAUCUUAUAACUAGAUAUACACAUGCGUAGAGAGUAGUCAUCCAUCUUAUAACUAGAUAUACACAUGCGUAGAGAGUAGUCAUCCAUCUUAUAACUAGAUAUACACAUGCGUAGAGGCGAUGUGAGCCUCAUGUUCAUUAAGGGAAAUUGACGCAAUCAAAAACAAUUUUUAACAGUUUUCUUUUGCACUGCGUAUCGAAAUGAUAAAUCUGGACUCUGAUUCAAAUGUAUGAGUUCUUGUUCAAUUCAUAUGUUUUUAUAUAUAUUUUUUUUUUCAUUUGAUGGAUGAACUCCUGAUCAUGGGUAACCGAACUUCUUUCUGUCUAUUCACCCCUUCGACAGCUUCGCUCCUCCGCAGACACGCGUAUUCUGUCCAUUCCCAAGACACACGCUAAAAUAUAUGGUGAACGAUCUUUCUCUUUCUGCGCCCCCAAACAAUGGAAUUCUUUGCCACUACACAUCCGCAAUAUACCAACCACCAAGGCCUUCAAAACUGCACUCAAGACACAUCUCUUUAAACUGUACUACCCUGACUGAUUCCCCUCCUCUGACCGAUAAAUGAUCUUGUUGGCUGCCAUCCAUGGUUUGCCUUGUAAAAGUCCUGGAGUUCAUGCUGUUCUUUAUUUCAUAAUUGUAUCUGAUUUUAAUGUCAUGAUUAUGUCUCUUUUAAUAAUAUUUGUAUGUACAGCGCGGUUAGCCCAGCCCUAGGCUGGGGUACUGCGCUAUAAAAGACCACUAAUUAUUAUUAUUAUAUUAUUAUUAAUGAAAUUUUCAACAAACAACAACACAACCAAAACCAACAAUAGUAAUAAAGUGUUACACAAAAGCCUCUUAUUUUGCAGAUGAUGACGGUGACAAGUUAAUUGACGAGGACCUCAGGAUUGAACCUAACGGUAGGUUUGCAUGUCAGUCAGCAAUUUGUGUGACACGAAGUCUUACUGGAGAGGAAGCUCGACGUGCCUAAUGCAGACGACACUUAGUCUUACUGGAGAGGAAGCUCGACGUGCCUAAUGCAGACGACACUUAGUCUUACUGGAGAGGAAGCUCGACGAGCCUAAUGCAGACGACACUUAGUCUUACUGGAGAGGAAGCUCGACGAGCCUAAUGCAGACGACACUUAGUCUUACUGGAGAGGAAGCUCGACGUGCCUAAUGCAGACGACACUUAGUCUUACUGGAGAGGAAGCUCGACGAGCCUAAUGCAGACGACACUUAGUCUUACUGGAGAGGAAGCUCGACGAGCCUAAUGCAGACGACACUUAGUCUUACUGGAGAGGAAGCUCGACGAGCCUAAUGCAGACGACACUUAGUCUUACUGGAGAGGAAGCUCGACGAGCCUAAUGCAGACGACACUUAGUCUUACUGGAGAGGAAGCUCGACGAGCCUAAUGCAGACGACACUUCAAGGAGAAGACAGGCGCACUCUUUGCAAACCUUUAGAAACAUAUUGCAGACUAUACCACGCACGGAACGCACAGGGGAACAGAAAAAGCUGAAGACAAAAAAAAAAGAGAACGUCGAGACAAAAAGGCAGGCACACAAAGUAUGGGAUUUCCGUGGAAGCAAUUUGGAAGGAAAGCACAGGUCCGAGAUGGACCAUUAUGUUACCCGGAUACGGCCAAUGCCCCAGCUUGGGUAAAAGACAUUAAUGAAUACGUGAAGCCAUGGAAAACAUGUGUUUCACUUAUAAAUGGAUACUGCACUUUAUAGCAAAAUUUAAAAACAAAUAACAAGGUGUUUUAAACAUCUGUCAAAGUUAACAGACUAAAAAAAAAACCCUAAAAUUGUAAAAAUUUGCAUGCUGUAUGAAAAUUGAUGACAAUUUAUUAUAAAUAUGUAGGAACAGCAUGAGCAGAGAAUGUCACGCUUUAUGUAGUCAUAGAUUGAUCAACCGUUUCAUUUUAUUAUUAUCAAUUAUAUUGUCAUUGUUUAAUGUUGCAGCUGACGGUGAAUGGGGUGCGUGGGAGUCGUGGACAUGCAAUGAAAACUGUUCUUUCCCGUUGUAUUAUCAUCGAAGGUAAUGUCUGUCACACACGGUCUUUGUUAACUGUCACAUACUUCGUCGACACAGUUGGCUUUUCUCGACUCACAAAUUAACGUGAAGGACAUAGUUGGCUUACUCGACUCACAAAUUGACACGUGGGACACAGUUGGCUUCACUCGACUCACAAAUUGACAUAUGGGACACAGUCGGCUUUUCUCGACUCACAACUUGAAGUAUGGGAUACAGUUGGCUUCACUUGACUCACAAAUUAACGUGUGGAACACAGUUGGCGUCACUUGACUCAAAAAUUAAUAUUUGGGUCACAGUUGGCUUCAUUCGACUCACAAAUUAACAUAUGGGACACAGUUGGUUUCACUCGACUCUCAAAUUAAUAUUUGGGACACAGUUGGCUUCAGUCGACUCACAAAUUAACAUAUGGGACACAGUUGGUUUCACUCGACUCUCAAAUUAAUACUUGGGACACAGUUGGCUUCACUCGACUCACAAAUUAACAUAUGGGACACAGUUGGUUUCACUCGACUAUGAAAUUAAUAUUUGGGACACAGUUGGCUUCACUCGACUCACAAAUUAACAUAUGGGACACAGUUGGUUUCACUCGACUCUCAAAUUAAUAUUUGGGACACAGUUGGCUUCACUCGACUCACAAAUUAACAUAUUGGACACAGUCGACUUCUCACGCUUACGACCAUUCAUCUGAUUUGACUCGGUAGCUUAAAGAUUGAAAUGUUUGCAGCUUCAGGGUAUCAAGCUUUUUAAAAAAAUUAAAUCUCUUAAUUUAGCGUUUGUUGCGAUUGCAAUAUUUUUUCCUAAAUCUUAAAACUACGCAAGACAUAUAUCAUCAUUAAGAAAAAUUUCUUUAAAUUACAUGGCCUGUCCAUACAAGUAUUUAUGCAUUUUUUUUUUUACUAUAGACUUUGCGAUUAUCCCCCACCACAAGGGUCUGGAAAGCCAUGUCAAGGGCCAGAUAAAAAAUUUUCCAAUGUGACUUGUGUUCCUCAAAGGAAAUGUCCUGAAAAGGGUAUUUAUUUUUCGUACGGUUAUAUGCUGCGUACAUAAGAAAUAUUUAAAUAUAUAUUGCUAUACGCCAAUUUUUGUAUUUUAGUGUUAAUUGGUGCGUCUUGAUUUGUACAUUCCAUGUUUAAAGUUGCUUGUCGGGUUUUUGUUUUCGGGCCGAUUUGUAUAGGUAUGUGAGACAUAUGACUUAUGUAUGUGUGAGGAGUUCUUGUAACGUCUUGUGUAGUUUGGGUUAAGUAUGUGCAGCAGGCAUUUCGGCAGUUACAAUUUGGUCUUUGAGGGGAUAACUUACCUUUUUGUUUUCUUAUUGUAAAGUGCGCAAUAGUUGCGCUCAUAGUUUAUCUGAAAAUCUGGAUUAAAGAUGACCUUAUUUAGUUUAGUUUAAGACACGAUAUCUUUAUCGAUUCAAAUAAAUUGAAAUGUUUAUUGAUUACAUUGUAUAUAUUUAUUUUAAGCACAUACAUAGAUACAUAUUUACACAAUUAAACGAAGGCAACACUUUAACAAUUUUAACAAUUUAAACACAAGACACCUAAACUAUUUCCUUAUCGAAUGAAUCAGACAUCAAUGAACUCUUUUAGUAUAAACUCUGGUUGAGCACGCUGUUAAGCUCGUACAGAAUUUAAAAAAAAAAGAAUUUUACAUCUUUCUCUACUAAUUUUAAGAGUGGGAAUUCGCCCUGAUCACAUUGAUUUUAUGCAUCUAAUAAAAUGAAGGGAAUGCAACUUCUAUUUUUUUUAAAGGUUUUAUAACAUCAUUUUUCAUCAAGUGAAGGAUGUUUAGAUUUUUUUAAGAUAACUAGCUUUCUUGCUUAGUCUAUUUAAAUGGUGUUUUAGGUCAGACGAUGAAUUCUCACAAUAGACGAAUAUACCGAAGCGCAGUAGGCUUACAGUUGUUGCACUUUUAUAAUAAGUUAAUAACUUAAUUGUUUAAGACAAGAUUGCGUUCUGUGCUAAUGUGCCUUUGAUGUCUGAACGUGUGGUAAGAAUCACUGUCAAAUGAUCAAGACCUAGACGAACGAUAGAGACUUAUCUAUGGACCUAUCACUUUAAAGGGUGGUUAUAUCAUACAAGAAGUAUUUAUAUAUAAUCUACAGCAUACAUUACACAAGAACAAACUGCACAAUUGUUUUGCGUCAUGCCUACUAAAGUCAUAUACACAAAACAACAAGUAUGGUUGCAAUACAGUUACAAAAUUCCGCUACCAUAAAGAGCUACACAUCUGUUCUGUUAUCCUGGCGUUCGAAAAACUUUUUAUAGAAAAAAAAAUUAAUAGAUUUUAAAGGAAAUCUCAGUUAAGCAAUGCCUACCUGGUUAAUACAGAUUAGUGUAUGGACAACUUCAAUUCACUAUGCAAAUUAAGUUUAACAGGAGCAUCUUGUUACUUUACUAGAUGACGUGGUUACUAUUUCCUGUUAGACUUGUACAGGCUAAGUUGUGCUUAAAUUCUAGGUUCUCUCUCUCUCUCUCUCUCUCUCUCUCUCUCUCUCUCUCUCUCUCUCUCUCUCUUUCUUGUUGCCAUGGAAGGCUUUUAGUUGAAACAUAAGUUGUUGUUUUUUUUGUUUCCUUUUUCUUCAGGUGUUCCCUAACCUAUAGUGUGGACUUAAAGCAGUUGAAACCAGAUUACUCCCCACAUGUCAUUGCUACAAAAUGCUAGCGAUUAAAACCAAAAAAAAGUAAAUGCAACUAAACUUGUGGUUAACUACGGUUGAAUUAUUCCAUUUCCCAGUCUGUCCAAAGAAGAAAUGGGGCCCGAGCUGUUUGUGGGACUGCUCUCACUGCUCAUCUCAUUGCGACAAAGUGAACGGCUCAUGCAACUUCUGUGAAAGUGGAUGGAAACACCCAAAGCGGGC